AUGGCAGCCGAUCCAUUCAGCAUGGAUGAGACGACAACAGCGAAGACGACCGAGAAGCUAUUGGUGGCUCCUGUUGUGACAUUCACUAUUACCCCACCCGCUCCUGCUAGUCAACCGACGACUCAGACUUCCGCAUUUGUGACAGAGAUUACAGAGGAGCAAUCAACAAUGUCUCCAUCAAUUCCCGUCAUCUCGCCCACACUUGAGGGUAGAGUUCUGAAGGAGAAGGAAGAACAAAACGUCCCUGUGCGUGCAACAACAACUGAAGCUUCACCUCUUGCACAAACAACUGAACUACCCAGUAUCAUCACUGUUUCUACGGAAAACGAAGAAGAAGUUAGAACCACCACAGAAACAGCAACUGCUGCAACACGGGCAGACUUUGAAUCAGAGGAAACACCUGACGUAUCCGCGGCUAUUGAUAUACGAGAUCACCAAAAUACCACUGUCAAAGAACCUACAACCUCUGAGCUACCUCCUACUACGACUAGGGCAGCCUCGACAACUGCUAGCACUGACUUGUCUACCACAACGAUUGAUGAAGAUGCUGAACCGUUUGAUCUUGAGAAGCUUUCCGGUGUUUUCGAACAGGACGGCUCCUUCAUUCCCGAUCAUCUGGUCAAUCAGCCAUCAGUUGAACCAGUCUUCCCAAGAGUCGAGCUGCCAGAGGAGAGCACCGAGUUAAUUGGUGGUGAUCAGCGGGCAAAGCAGGUAAAAACAUCGUAG